UGUGUUUCAGCGAUGCAAAGAGAAGCUGAACACACUGGCCAUUUCGGUGAUGAAUCAAUGGCCUGGGGUUAAGCUAAGAGUCACCGAAGGGUAUGACGAAGAAGGCUUCCAUUCAGCAGAUUCGUUACAUUACGAAGGACGCGCCGUUGACAUCACAACAAGCGACAGAGACAUUUCAAAAUAUGGCAUGCUGGCCCGUUUAGCUGUAGAAGCCGGCUUUGACUGGGUCUUCUACGAGUCUAGAUCACAUGUUCAUUGUUCAGUAAAGUCAGAAUCUGCUGACGCAGCGAGGUCUGGAGGUUGCUUCAGUGGAGAAUCAUUUGUGCAAACUACACAAGGUGUAAGAAAGAUGUCAGAACUAUUAGUAGGAGAUCAAGUGUUAGUCACAAAAUCUGAUGGUUCGCUGCACUUCAGUAAAGUGAUAAUGUUCUUGGACAGAGACACUUCUCAAAAAAGACUAUACACCAACAUAGUGACAGAAAGUGGUGCAAAAAUCAUAUUGACUCCUAGCCACCUUAUCUUCAUAUCUAAUGAUAAAAGGACAAACGACAUUAGGCAUGGAACUGCAAUUUUUGCAAAGAAUGUAGAGCUUGGUCAUUACAUUUUUGUGAAAUCGAACACCACUAACAACGAACUCUAUAAUGACGGCAAAGUUGUUCUGGAGAAAGUUGUUAGCAUAUCGGUGACCACAGAGGUGGGCGUUUUCGCCCCAUUAACAAGAGAAGGAAAUUUAGUAGUGAACAAUGUUGUUGCAUCCUGUUACGCUGUUUUAAAUCAUCAGACAUUAGCGCACUGGGCGUUUUUACCCGUAAGGAUUGUUGAUAACUUAAUGCAAGCCUCUUUUCAUUUUCUACGGAAGUUUCACUUUGUACAGCUCACAGAACACACACCAAAGAGUAUAAAUAAGCAGCCAAAAGGAAUUCAUUGGUACCCUAGACUGCUCUAUAAAAUGUCACAUUAUUUGUUUUCUGAAAGGUAUCUUUAUUCAUAAUGGUGAAAGAAAUAUCUGUUGAAGAAAUGCAACAAUUAGGUCUGAACUAAGAUCUCAUAGCUUCCAUUUGCCUUUGUUGUGUCUGAUAUAUUUAUUUCAAUGAGCAACACAGAUUAGACAAAGCAUAUUUAUUAUGAUGUAUUCGUCAUAUUUCUAAAGCUUAGCAAUAAGAAAGUGCCAUUUUAAAGCAUUAAGAAACAUAUUUUAAGGUCAAAGGCGAUGGAACGAAAAAAAUCUCAGAACGUUUUCUCAUCCCAAAGGAGAGGAAGACAAACUGUAUAUUGCCCCGUGAUAUUUUCAAUGUGCUUAAAAACAAUGUGAAACAAUUUAUACCUAAUUAUUUAAUAAUUGUAAUUGCAAUAAUUAGCCUUUUAUUAACUAUCUAAAAUCACUGUAGUCGGAGUAGUUUAAAGAGCUAUUACUUAUUAAUAAAAUUUAUCCACACAUAAAACAUUUGAUAAUAAAUAUAUUGAGGAAUUAUUAUCAAAUAUUUAAUUAUUAUAUAUUAAGGAAAUUGAAUCUUAUUUACAUUGGAUUCAUUAUUCAAUACUAAUCUGUUAAAGUGUUUAGUAUGCGUAAAAUUUAUACUUGUAAUAUAUUCCAUGAAAUAAAUAAAAUAUAUAUAUAUAUAUAAUAUAUAAUAUAUAUAUAUAUAUUGAAUUAAUAUAGUUUCUUAUCAGAAUGCCUCCCCUUCCUCCAAAAAAAGAAGGGAAAAGUAUCAUUGAAAGCUUCCAUUUCUUUCAAUUUCAGUUGGAAGUUAAUUGAUACUACUAUAUGAUUCAUUAUUGUAAUCGUUAUUCUAAAGAAAUAUAUAGUUUAAUAAAAUUUCACAUAAAUGUUAGGAAAAAAAAUAACGGUCUUCAAGAAACUGAUUCCAAUAGUAUAAAGAUUCAAUGAAUUCAAAAAGGAGUUUAGAUGCCUUCUAUUCCUGUCUGCUCGUCACCUCAGCUUAAAAGUUUUAAAAGGAGCAAAAAAAAAAUAUUAAAUGAUAUAAAAUUUCAAAUAAUAUUUUUCUUAGUAAAUUUCUUUAAAUAUAAAACUAUUACUGGGAUAUUCUAAAUUGGUAAACCCUGAAUAUACUUUCAUAAUCCAACUUUGACCGCAUGCUUUGUUCACAGUCACCGAGUCAUCACUUUCUUUUUACAGUAAAAGGCAAAAAGAAGGUAAAUAUUUCUGAAGUUCCGAGCACGCCAAGUGCUACAAAGAACAUUUUCCAGAUAAAGGCGUACAGAAGAAAAGAAUUCCAUUUGCUUUAGAGCAUUUGUGAUUAUUUUCUGCCAAACUAAUGCACAAAAUAAAACAAAAUGAGAUGAGUGUGAUUAUUGUAUGAUAUGUUUGAAAAUAUCAAUUUUAUUUUUAAAUGUUGAUCAGUACAUUAGAGUUAUAUGUACUUUGUGAAUAAAGAGUUGAAAUUCUUUUUAAA